CACAGACUUCGCUCGGCCAUGUGGCUGAGAACAUGUGUUUGACACAGCGCAUCGGAUCUAUGGCGUCCGUACUGAGGUCACAGACAAUCUGCUGGCCCCCGUGUACAUUGGUUACGAACGACGGCUGUGCUUGAAUUGAGCGUCUCGAUUCACCAGACGAUCCACGAAUGGCAGUGUACUUGUGAUUCGGGGGACGAGCGGACGUCAGUUAAACGAUUCUCACCGAAGAUCGAGAAUAGCUUUGUCCGACUCCGGUCUGAGUCGGCGGGCUCAUUAGGGUCUCGAACUUCUCGUUAGAUUCGGCUGCUGUAGUCCGUGCUAUGGCAGACAUACUUGCUGGAUUGCUCUCACAGUUCUGGGAGUUGCGUGUCUCGGUAUAUGCCAAUGUCGCUUCUCUCGCCUUGCUCGUAUAUGACUGGCAGCUGACGUUUGGAGACGAGGUCGAUAUCAUGUGGAUGUCUAAGGCGAAGUUCAGCAAACUACUAUUCCUAUGGAUCCGUUACUUCGGCAUAGGCACCCACACGUUCAUCGUCGGUGCGAUGUACUUGCUACCUGAUCCUUCACCUGCGGUCUGUCGUGUUGCAACAACGUUCCAGACCGCAGGGCCGAACAUCAUGUGGUGGUCAGUUGAGUUCGUCUUCGCGCUGCGCGUAUGGAUCCUCUACGAGAGGUCGCGGAAGCUGCUCUUGUUCCUUGCUAUGAUGUAUACAGCAUCCAUUGGUGCCAGUGCUGUCCUGUUGGUCAAAGCGUUGCUUCAUGUCGAUUUGAUCACGGUGCCGGGCGGGGUCAUCUCAGGCUGCUUAUCAAGUGUCCCCAUCUACAUUUACAGCGCAUUCGUCAUUGGCAUUAUUACAACAUCGAUGCUCUGCGUCUUGACAUUGUACCAAACUAUCCGAUUUAGAGACGGGUUGACCAGGUCCCCGCUGAUCACGUUGUUCCUGAGGGACGGACUUGUCUACUACUUCGUUGUGUCAGUGGUCUUCUUGCUGAACCUGUUCAUGUUUCGCUUUGGUGCCGCGACAUUCAAGAGCCUCUUCAGCGGCUUCCUCGAGGCCAUCCCUUGUAUGUUCGGCGCGCGGGUUCUCAUCAACAUUCUGUCCCUCGUCCAAAAACAAUCCGGGGUCAGCGACACUGCUCCGCCAUACUCUGAGCCGAAGUUCCGGCACACAUCCACAGCAGGGUUUGAUAGCGGGGCCAGUGUAACGUCUUCGGGUACGGACGCUGGCACCUCCACGAGCGGGACUGUCACGGUGGAUAGCGGUCGGGAGGCAGGGACGCACCCCAGUGCGAGGAGCAGCUCGAGCGGUAUGACGCUGUCUCGGGGUGCACUGUCUGCGUGUGCAAUGGGAAUCGAAGAGGUCCUGCGCACGUACAGCGAUGAUAUCGAGAAGGGGUAUGACUCAUGA